AUGAAAAGAAUUAUGUGGUAUUUUAUUUACUUUUUGUUCGUUUUUAUUAGUGCCAGUGACACAUUUAGUAAGGCUCAAUUAAAAAUCUCCGACACAUCAUACGGUGCUUCAGAUUCAGUAUUAAAGAGACAGCAGUUACCUCCGUGUAGGGAUUGCAGUUGUGGAGAACGUAACGAAGAACCAAGAGUAGUUGGUGGUUCUGGAUCUAAUGUUAAUGCUUUUCCAUGGAUCGCCCGUCUAAUCUAUCAUAAAUCGUUUGGCUGUGGAGCUUCUCUUAUUAAUGACAAAUAUGUUAUUUCAGCAGCUCAUUGUGUUCAAGGAUUCAUGUGGUUUAUGUUUCGCGUGACUUUCGGAGAGCAUGAUCGAUGUGUAUACAAGCCCCGGCCUGAGGCGCGGUACAUCACGAAAAUGAUUGUGCAUAACUUUACGUUGACGGAACUCACAAAUGAUGUAUCUUUGCUUCGCCUCAAUGAACCUGUACAGUAUUCAUUUGCGGUCAGACCCGUUUGUUUACCAAAGGCCUCAGAAAAUCUGUACCACGGAACGCUAGCCACUGUGGCGGGCUGGGGAGCUAAAGCGGAAACAGGGAAUUGGUCGUGCACACUUCUUGAGGCACAGCUUCCAGUUCUCACUAACGAGGAGUGUCGGAACACGAACUAUAACGAGUCAAAGAUAAGGGAUGUUAUGAUGUGUGCUGGUUACCCAGCAACAGCACACAAGGAUGCUUGUACUGGAGACAGUGGUGGACCCUUGGUAGCUGAAAACGAGGAACAUGCGUAUGAACUAAUAGGAAUUGUGUCAUGGGGUUAUGGAUGCGCUAGGAAAGGCUUCCCAGGAGUAUAUACCAGAGUCAAUAGAUACAUGGACUGGAUAAGAGAUAACACCGAAGAUGCAUGUUACUGCGCAUACUAA